AUGAGCUUGAUAUCCCAGAACGCGGUCCAGAAGCGCCGCCUCAGGAAAAGUGAAGCUGAUGAUGGGAAUGACGAGGACAUUGGCUCUCUGACCACCAUAGAUGCAGAGGUUGGGAAGGAAGCAAAGUUGAAGAAUUACAGUAAGGAAAGGAAGAAGAAAAGGACUAAGGUGCAGGAGUCCCAGCAGAACAAAGAGGAAGAGGAGAUGCGGCAGCUGGAGAGCUCAUUGUUUGGUUCCCUUUAUGCGCCACUGGAGUUUGGCACUGAGGCUGGGGCUGCAGUAGUAGCUCCUGACCGUGAUGCGCCUUUGUUUUUCACAGAUAGGUCCGCUGGUGGUGGCAUGGAUUACUUUCCAAUAUAUGAGGAGGAUAUGGCCCAUGAGGAUGAGGAAGACGUGGUGGGUAUCAAGGGGAGGAAGCCUGUAUGGGUGGAUGAGGAGGAAGAAAGGACAGAGGUGGACAUCGUGAAGGUUUCAAGGUUGAGGAAGCUGAGAAAAGAGGAAAAUGAGCAUUUGAUUUCAGGGAAAGAGUAUGAGGCCAGGUUGCGUGGUCAGCAUGCCAAAUUGAACCCCUUCACUGGCUGGGCUGAUAUGGACCGGAAAACUUCUCUUCCUGUUGUGUCAGAUGGUGAGUCUGAUGAUGAGGGUUGUGUCGAUAAUAUCCUUCAGAAUAAUGAUGAGCUUGUUGUCAAGGAUAAUGUCAAGCUCUUACCUGGGAUGCUGGAAUUCUCAAGGCUCGUUGAUGCCAAUAUCCAGGAUCCAUCAAGUGGUCCUAUCAAUUCAGUGCAGUUUCAUAGGAAUGGGCAACUGAUGCUUGCUGCAGGUUUGGAUAAGCAUCUCAGGUUUUUCCAGAUUGAUGGAAAGAGAAACCCCAAGAUCCAGAGCAUAUUUAUUGGGGACUGUCCAGUACACAAGGCCUCAUUUCUGCCUGAUGGCUCUGAGGUGAUCCUAUCAGGCAGGAGAAAGUUCUUCUACUCAUUUAACCUGGUGAAUGCUGCUGUUAGCAAGAUUGGACCUUUGACAGGGCGUGAGGAGAAAAGCCUAGAGAGCUUUGAGAUAUCACCUGAUUCGAGAACCAUUGCUUUUGUCGGUAAUGAAGGGUACAUCCUUCUUAUUUCUGCCAAGACAAAGCAGCUCAUUGGAACCCUCAAGAUGAAUGGAAGCGUGCGUUCACUGGCUUUUGCGGAUGGUGGAAACCAGCUGCUGAGCAGCGGUGGAGAUGGCCAUGUUUACCACUGGGAUCUCGGAACGAGGAAGUGCAUCCACAAGGCUUUUGACCACGGUUCCCUGGCUGGCAUUUCGCUUUGCACCUCGCAGGACAGCUCUUUGUUUGCCACAGGCUCCACCAGCGGCAUCGUGAAUGUGUACAAGAGGGACGAUUUUCUUGGCGGGAAGAGGAAGCCACUGAAGACGAUCGAAAAUCUGACCACUGACAUUGGCGAAAUGAAAUUCAACCAUGAUGCCCAGAUCUUGGCGAUCAGCUCAAGGAAAGAGAGGAAUGGGAUGAGGCUUGUGCACGUCCCGUCGUUCAAUGUGUUCCAGAACUGGCCAGGGCCUCGGUUCAGCCUUCACUAUCCACGGUGCCUGGAUUUCAGCCCUGGCAGCGGGUUCUUGUCUGUCGGACAUGCAGGUGGAAAAGUCCUGCUAUACAAGCUUCACCACUAUAAAAACGCAUGA